AUGGGCUGGUUCUGGGCCGACUCGGCUAUAAGCAAACCUUCUAAAACCUCCUCAGGCCUCGCUGCAUGUCCCGUUCAACACGGCAAGAAAGACUCCCCAGCUGCGUGCCCGGUUAACUACGGAAAGGGCCCCAAGAGCGAUGACGAUGAGGUGCUCAACCCCAUGAACAACAUGCCCAUGGCGAUCUCGUCAGAAAGAGCACCAGGCCAAAGAGUCGUGCUUUCUACGGAAAGAACGGUAUCGCUGAUUCCACGUGGCGAGUCUGGCGACCAAGGGUUCUGGGAGUACCCUUCUCCACAGCAGAUGCUCAAUGCCAUGCUUAAGAAAGGCAAGGGCCAGGGCGUGCCUGAAGACGCUGUGGAGCUGAUGGUGGAAGUGCAUAAUUUCUUGAACGAGGGAGCGUGGCAGCAGAUUUUGGAGUGGGAGCAAAAGUAUACACAAGAGCUGAGGAUCGAGCCUCGUUUGCUUCAGUUCACUGGUAAGCCUCAUGAUCUUAGUCCUAGAGCUAGAAUGUACUUGGCCUUGGGUAAGGUGUUUCCACAGACGUUCAACACGCAGCCUCCGUUCGACCGUCACGACUGGACGGUGCUUAGAUCUGCUGGACUGGAGGGUAAGUGGGAUGAGGUGCGUUAUGUGAUUGAUUAUUAUAGUGCUCCAGAUGAUGAGGAAACGGGCAUGCCUGCGUUUAUGUUGGACACGCGGCCGGCGAUGGACUCGGUUCAGAAUAUGCUGGACCGGUUUUCUCAUUGGUUUAAUCCGUUGUGGAAGAGAGCCAUGGGGGACUUCGACUGA